AUGGGAAGGCCUCCUUGCUGUGAUAAAGUUGGUAUCAAGAAGGGUCCUUGGACCCCAGAAGAGGACAUCAUCUUGGUCUCCUAUAUCCAAGAGCAUGGCCCCGGAAAUUGGAGAUCAGUGCCUACAAACACCGGGCUGCUGAGGUGUAGCAAGAGUUGCAGGCUUAGAUGGACUAAUUACCUUAGACCGGGGAUUAAGCGCGGUAACUUCACUCCCCAUGAAGAAGGAAUGAUCAUCCAUCUACAAGCCCUAUUGGGUAACAAAUGGGCUGCCAUAGCUUCAUACCUCCCUCAAAGAACUGAUAAUGAUAUUAAGAAUUAUUGGAACACUCACUUGAAGAAGAAGAUCAAGAAGUUUCAGUCAGCUUUGAGCCCCCAUAUGGCCUCAGAUUCAACCACAAGCACCUGUACUAAUCAUCAAUUUGUACCAAGGAGCUAUGCUGGUGAUGAUCAUCACAGAAGGGGUAGUUCUUUUGAGGUCAUCAAUGGCCAUUCCUCGGCUCACCCGAGCCUAAACAGCCCGAUCUCGACGUAUGCCUCCAGCACUGAGAACAUCUCAAGGCUACUAGAAGGUUGGAUGAGGUCCUCCCCAAAGGCCACCAAAGAGAAACUGCACCAAAACAGCAGCUUGGAAGAAGGUAGUAUCGAUAUGACCGGAAACUCCAUGGCGGUGGCGGCGGUGACUUCUGUCCAGUGUUACAGGCCUAAGUUGGAGCAAGGAGGGGGCGAAUUGGUCGCCAACGACGAGUUUGAGUCCAUUCUUGAGUACGAAAACCUGAAUGAUGAUCAUCAUCAGACUACUGAUGCUACUAUUCCAAGUGAUGAUCAUGAUCAUGAUCAUGAGAUGAAGAUGGAUCAUGAUCAGAAGAAGCACAACCCUCCUCUAUCAUUUCUUGAGAAAUGGCUCUUGGAUGAAUCAGCAGCUCAAGGAGAGGAGAUGAUGGAUCAACUCUCUCCAAUAUUCUGA